AUCAAAUUUUCUCUUUCUUUAGUUUUACAGUUGUCCGUGUUACGUAGCAUCCCUCUAAAUUUUUCCACUUCUGGUCCAUAACAUCACUGACAGAUAUAUGAAACAGAUGCUGCAUUACCCGACUUCUACUCCAUCUACAAUGUAUUGAUGAUUUAUCUUUCAAGGGUGUUAUCAAUAUGUGUGUCACCAGUACAGUAUUACUUGUGGCUAAAAAUAAACAAUAUCAACAAAGAAAUUGUUUGGGUUCACAGAUUUCAGUUUAAUAUACUAGAUCAAAUUAUAUUUACCUACCCGAAAGGGCCAAAUGUCAUUUCAUAAAAUAUCUCUAAAAGUGUUUUAUUCUUAUACAUGAUUUAUGGACGAUAGACGUCGUGUAAUCUUUCCAAAUAGAGCAUAGGCAUGUGUUUGAAAGUCCUGAUUUCAUUCCGAAAUGAUAUAGAUAUCUACGUAUUUAUUUCUUUCAAAACAAGAGUAGACCAAGACUAUAAACGAGAUGACCUUUGACAUUCAGAGUACUGCUUAAUGUCAAUGUGCGUUUUACGUCGUGAUACAGAAUUUUUGCGUGUUGUGUAAUUGAAAUAUUUUGAAUGUAUGCACUUCAUUUGAUGACAACUCGGGAAAACCCGUGAUAGCAUUGAGCCGGAACAUGUACGCUCUAAAGUGGCACAGCUGUAACCCAGUAUUACACCAGGCGGCUACGCAACGCCUUUGGGAAUUCUCCAUAUGAUGCUGCGUGGGGCACUGUCUAGUGUGUCACUAGGAGGUGAGUGGCCCAAUGCGAUGUUAAACAGAAUGUGGCCCCUACUGGACGAGAUGUGGUCCUUCGUAUCUCUAGGAAGUCUGUGUGGCACACUGGGCCUGGGGAUGAUACUAUGGAAAUUGGCUCGGUUUAUAUACCGGUACAGCCAUUUCUACAGAGCGGCUAUACAUACACAGACAAUAGGGCCAGUCCAUCCUCUGUGGGGCAACCUCAACCUCUUUUUAUUUCAGAUAAAGGAGGUGCCUGAUUAUUUCGAGCUGAUACAACAAUGUGUACAGAAGACGCGCACGAGAACUUACGUCACAUGGAUUACGUCAAUGAGUCAUUAUUUUGGCGUGUGUCACCCCGAGACAGCCAAAUUAUUGCUCAAGUCAUCUGCACCGAAACCAAAGGGGGUAGGACAGGGAUAUCGCAGUUUUAUCCCCUGGCUUGGUGACGGAUUGCUGCUUAGUGAAGGUGCCAAGUGGGAACGAAACAGACGAUUGCUUACACCAGCUUUCCACUUCGACAUUCUCAAAUCCUAUGUUACUACAUAUAACGAGGUAGCGGAUACGCUUAUAGAAAAACUGGUGAAGGCAGCGAAUAAAAGGAAAAGUAUCGAGAUCUAUGAGUUGGUGGGACUGGCUACUUUGGACACUAUGCUCCGUUGUUCGCUGUCGUAUGAAGGAAAUGUCCAGCAGAAAGGGGACACACACCCAUAUGUGAGAGCAGUGAAGAGACUUACCCAACUAUGUCUGGAAAGGACAUUAAAACCCUGGCUAUUUUUGGAUUGGAUGUUCAUUUUAUCUCCUCAAGGAAGAGAGUUCCGUGCGCUGAUCCAUCACGUUCAUACUUUUGCGGAUAACAUCAUAGAACGUAGGAGAAGUGAAAUGGUUCACGACAGCCCAAACACAAAAAAGCGUUUGGACUUCCUAGAGAUUCUGCUUUACUCACGAGACGAACACGGAAUGGGACUAUCAGAUAGAGAUAUCAGAGCGGAAGUGGAUACAUUUCUUUUUGAAGGACACGACACGACAGCGUCGGCUAUUACCUGGGCACUGUACUGCUGCGCCAAGUAUCCCGAGGAACAGGAGAAGAUUUACAACGAGUUGACUUCAGUAAGCGACAAUACAGACUACAUGAGCUGGGAGUCUAUAAAGAGCAUCCACUACCUUAACUUAUUCCUCAAAGAGACGAUGCGGAUGUACAGUCCUGUUCCCAUGAUCGGUAGGAGACUAACCAAACCUGUCCUGGUCGACGACGUCCUCUUUCCAAAGGACUCCGUUUUCGAGAUCAACAUUAGCGCUAUGCACCACCAUCCGGACAUUUUCCCUGACCAUAUGGAGUUCCGGCCAAACAGAUUUCUCGACACCAAUGGUGAAGAUAAUGAUCCGUUUAGUUUUGUGCCCUUUUCCGCUGGACCAAGGAACUGUAUCGGACAAAAUUUUGCCAUGAACGAGCAGAGGGUGCUGGUUGCCCGGGUUAUACAACGAUUUAAGAUCAGACUCGAUCCACAGCACGAGACGAAAAUCUUUCCGGAAGUAGUUACUAGACCACAGUUCGGAGUCAAGGUCAUUCUAGAAGAAAGAGAACCUGCAUCUGUAUUUUUGUGAACGACGUACUGGUUUAUAGUAUUCUACCUCAGCAAUACAUUAUGAGAUUGUGUUUGUAAUAGACCAAUGACUGCUGUUUCACGUGUACAUGCGUGAGGUGGUGCCUGCCGCAAAACAAGAAAUGAUAAUUCUGAACUCUAAGUCAGAAAUUUAUGUCGCGCUAUUUUAUUUCAGGUCACCUAAGACGAAAAUAUUUUACAUUUUUGACAUCUCAGAAACCCUUCAACCAAUUUCGUUCUGUUUUGACAUGACAUGACAUGUUGUGAAUUAUAUGUUCCCAAAUCCACAAAUCCAACGAGUCUCGGAGGUGGGGCAGAAUGUUUCAAAUUGACUGAAAUUACAAAUAUCUCGAAUAUUCUUCAUAGUAUGGAGGUCUUAAGUACUCUAGCAGAAUCGUGAAUUUCAUUACCCUGAUCUCACGUUUUCCUUGAGUAGGGUAUACUGUACUGUAUUUUUAUAGGUAAAUCAUGUUUUAGAGCAUCAUUAGUUGAAUUGUCAUUGGAAUUAUUUCAAAAAAACAUAUUGCACAUAUUGGCUCUGACUGACUCCAAGAGCUGAUGGGCAAAAUGGAUCAAACGACUGAAAACAUUAGAACUCAGGUGACCGUUAACCAAUGUGUAUCUACAAAUAUGAUACCUGAUUUGAUACGUAGUGGACACGGGCAAAUCAUAUGCCUCCAUAUUAAUAUAUAUCUAGAUUAAAGAAAUAAAGGUGAUGCUCACAUGUACUUGACAUGAAAAUGUUGAGCUAUUUUGAAUAAUA